GCGAAGCAGAGAGAGGGUGAGGUGGAAAGUUUUUUGGGGCCAAAAUGGGCAGCUGGUAAAGAGAUUGGUACUUAAACUUUGAUCUGUGCAACCAGAAAAACAAAAAGAGAAAGAAGAAGAAGAAGAUGGGGAAGGACAAGGAAGUACCAGCAGCUUCCUCUUCAAGCCCUACUACCCACUCUAACAAUUACAUUGGUGAAGAUGAUUCCGAUCUCUUCAAUAAUCCUUCUUUCUCCGCCGUCAAUUUCUCUUCUCGCAAUGCUUCCUCCAAAUACGACUUUGUCAAGGUUAAGGUGUGGCUUGGCGAUCACGCUGAUCAUUACUACGUUCUCUCCAGAUUCUUGCUUAGCAGAAUGUUGACUGUCACUAAGAUCCCAAAUCAUGUAGCUAUUAAAAUAGCUCUUGAACUCAAGAAGCUGCUCAUAGAUAACAGCCUUCUAGAUGUCUCUCAGUCUGAUCUAGAAGCUAAUCUAUUUAAGCUCAUGGAGCGGCGGGGUUAUGGCGAAGAGUACAUCAGUCGUUACAAGAUGAUGACAAGAUUUCACCAUCAAAGGGUGCCAUUGGUCAUUCUUGUUUGUGGAACUGCAUGUGUCGGGAAGUCUACCAUAGCUACCCAACUCGCACAAAGGCUGAAUUUGCCUAAUGUCUUGCAGACAGAUAUGGUGUAUGAAUUGCUACGGACAUCAACAGAUGCACCAUUGGCAUCUAUUCCUGUAUGGGCACGAGACUUCAGUUCCUCUGAGGAGCUAAUUACGGAAUUUUGUAGAGAGUGCCGAAUUGUUCGUAAAGGUUUGGCUGGUGAUUUGAAGAAAGCAAUGAAAGAUGGAAAGCCAAUUAUAAUUGAGGGUAUACAUUUGGAUCCAAGCAUUUAUUUAAUGGAUGAAGAAAACAAGUCACCGGCUAAUGUGCCAGAAAAAACCAAGGAAGCAAAUCCUGUAGCUGUGAUUGAUAAUGAUCCUUUGAAACAGGUGGAAAAAAAUCCUAGAAGUGUUACUGUAAGUCAUACUGAAAAUAUCAGUUCCAUUCCUGAGCAUGUGAGUUUGGAGGAGGGGAACUUUACUGAUCAGGUGAAUAAAGUCCCAGAUUCACAAGAACCUGUUAACACAGCAGAAGGUGAAUUUACAAGUGCUGGGAGAGAGAGAAAUACUUCUGUUAGGAAAGAAAAAUUGGGACCUAAACCAAUAGUUAUACCCAUAAUUCUGAAGAUGGCUGAAUUUGAUCACAAGGCAUUACUUGAGGAGUGGAUUGUGACUCGUACAUUUAGUGAUAAAUGCCUAGUCCAGGAUAAAGGUAGGCUAAUUGCCAAUCUGAAAAUCAUUCAGGACUACCUUUGCUCUUUUACGUCACAGGGUCUGACAGUUGCCAAUAUAUCAGCGACAACAUUCCCUCAAACACUUGAUUGGCUGCAUGGACAUCUUCUUCAGUGCAUUGAGCAAGGCAUUUCAUCAGUGUCCAGUGAAAUUCGUAGACAGCCAGCUGAAAAUGUUUGCUUGAGCAGUGGCAGAACUUGCAUUUUUCCAUAAUUCAAUUGUCCAAUCUGAUGGACCAAAUUUUGGGCUUUGGAAAAUUGCCCAGCAGAUCAUUGUGUUAUCAAUGAAAUAUAUUAGUGAUAGUGCUAACUCAUGGGGUUAGAUGGAGGGGUCAGUCAGUGAUAUGCUGUUCUUUCAUGGCUGAUGUAUACUUUAUAUUCGCCAUACAUUUGUAACUUUAUAAAGGCUGAUUACAACAAUAACAUGUCAGCAAUUUUGAAAUGGUUUUUGCCCGUCUA